AUCAAUACGCUGCUUUAUUUUGUGAAUUUCAAAGAAGUAUUUAAAUUGAACAACAAACGUAUUUGCUUUGAAACGUUUUAAUACAAAAACAGAAGUAUGUGAUAUUUUUCCCAUUUUUUUGUUAAACGAAACGGAGAAAACUAUGCAAAACUUGUAUGCAUAUUUGUGAUUUAAUCGGGAAGGCGAAGUCAAACUUUUGCGUAGUUUUUGUUUAUCGAGUUUGCAAAGAAAUAUGAAUCAUAGUUCAACUUAGUUUUACAAAAUAUUGGUUUGGAGCCGGACUUUAAAAUUUAAUGUUAGUUUUUAGUUUACUGACUUUUGCGCAGAACUAAAGUAAAAUAUGGAAAAUGUUUAAACUGAAAUAAAAUUAAACCGUUAAAAUGUAAUUUUUUUAAACAGUUAUAUUGUGCAUUACAGUGAAUAUUUUGAGCUUAAACAAGAUUUAAUAGAUAAAAAAUACAUUAUAAGAAGGUAGUUAUUUCAUAGGUACUUAUCUAUAACGUAUUACGUUGAGACUCCGUUAUUACCUAUGCCAAAUUUAGAAAUGCUUCUUAUGAGAGCCCUUCACAUACAAAACAUCGGCUGACUCAGCUAUCUUCCUCCCUUAUCAUAAACACGUCAAAAUAAAUCAUAUUCUCACGAUCACACUAAAUAAAUCAAUAUUCAUAACAUGUCAACACCCAUUCUAUUUGCGUCACUAACAUUAACCCUUUUUUGUUUCAGAUUAAAAAAAACAACAGAACGAGCGAUACAUCAUUCUAAAAACAAAAUGGCCGCUAAGCAGCACGCGUCGAUAAAAAUAGGAACGGACAGGGGAAGUUAAGCUUCCGUUUAAAAAUGUGAAUUUUAAAAAUAGAAUACCGGAUCCUUAUGUUAACGGACUAGUGACAAUCCUUGAAAUGUCUAAGUGUAAAUACAGAGUGGAAGUGAGGGUGAAACCUUUGUUCUUGUUGUUGCGGACCCAAAGUGUUUUUUGUUUUAGUUUUUUUCUAGUGUUUAAUUUUGGUGUGUGUGGUGGUUAUCAUGAACAGAAGUUUGCUAUGGAGCCGCAGGAUCAGACGGCAGUCGUUGGAUCAAGAGUGACACUUCCUUGCAGAGUAGAGAGGAAGUCUGGCCAACUCCAAUGGACGAAGGAUGACUUCGGCCUGGGCCUUCAUCGCGACUUGAGCGGUUACGACCGAUAUAAAAUGAUCGGGAGUGAUGAGGAAGGGGAUUACUCGCUGGACAUAAGAGACGUGACCCUGGACGACGAUGCGAGGUACCAGUGCCAAGUUAGCUCGGGCUCCAAAGGGGAGCCGGCUAUUAGGUCACGGUACGCCCGCCUGACUGUCCUUGUACCACCCGAACCGCCGAGAAUCCUGCAAGGGAACUUCUACUCUACGACAGAAGACAGAAACAUCAUUUUAGAAUGCGAGUCCGUCGGAGGAAAACCCCCAGCUGAGAUAACCUGGGUGGACAGCAACGCCGGCGUGUUGACACAAGGCGUAACAUACACUGUGGAGCCUUUGUCGGAUGGUCAACGGUUCACGGCUAGAUCAAUAAUCAAGAUGUCUCCGAAGCAGGAGCACCAUAACCAAACAUUCACCUGUCAGGCGCAGAACACCGCAGACCGGGCUUACAGAGCCGCUAGCAUUCAAAUUGAGGUGAAAUACGCCCCAAAAGUGCAGAUAAGAAUAAAAUCAGGAGCCAAAAGGAUACCUGAAGGAAGUGAUGUAACGGUUGUGUGCCAAGCGGAAGCGAACCCCACGAAUUUAACCUACAAGUGGUAUAUGGAUGAACAUCUAAUUAUAGGAAACUAUACAAAGGAAUUGAAAAUUGAAAACAUAACAAGAAAAUAUAACGAUAUCGUCAUCAAAUGUGAAGUUUUCAACGAAGUUGGCAAGAGCGAAGACUCCAGAACGUUAGAAGUUACAUACGCGCCAACCUUCAGAACACAUCCCAAAGACGUCGAAGCCGAAAUCGGGAAAACUGUGACUCUAACUUGUGACGUUGAUAGCUACCCCGCGCCUGAGAUACGGUGGCUCCAUCAGGAGGAGGAUCAGAAUAUUCGCGUCGGUAGGACCGCUAAUCUUACCCUAACACUGGACACCCACACAGCCGGGAGAUACAUAUGUAUAGCAAAUGUACCUGGCUAUCCUGAGAUUGAGACGUCUGGUUCCAUUUUCAUCAAAGGUCCACCAAAAAUCCUAUCAAACCAUACCCAGUUCGGAUCCCAAGGAGACAGCGUGAAAAUAGAAUGUGCGGCAUUUGCUGUCCCUCGCAUCGAGAGCAUCGUGUGGACCUUCGACGGAAAAGAGAUAGAUUCUAUACAUGACCAGGAUUACGCAUUUCUUGAAGAUGCGCAGCCAGGCGGUGUUAUAAACUCGACUCUGAUCAUACGAGAAAGCCAAUCCAAACACUUCGGGACAUAUCGAUGUAACGUAUCCAAUGAGUAUGGGAGCGAUGCAAUGGAUAUCAAUUUGAAACCUAACAAAACGUUUCCACUACUACUGAUUCUGUUCGGGGUGACAUCAGGAACUAUAAUGGUGGCAGCAUUGAUAAUGCUAGUGAUAUUAUGUCAAAGAAAGCAGAGGAAGAAUAAACAGACGCAAGUUACAGAAAAACCCGAUGUGACAGUGACAGCAGAAGAAUUGUAUAAAGAAAACGACAGAAACUCCAACAUCAGCGAUCUCAAACUUGAACUCCGACAAGCUAACGGAAGUUGUGAAGUUGACUACCCCAACACAGGCUCUGACAGCACGCUAUGCUCCAACGCGAAGCUCGGCAGUGGCAUACCACUGGCCGGCUCUGUGCCACUCAACUCUAUAACUCAGAGUAACUACCAGCCUUAUAGAUAUAGCAAUGACUAUACGGAUCCGGCGUAUGCGGAUUGUUACAAGGUAAACGGCUACCAGACCUACGUGCAUUACGGCCACGAUUACACCCCCGGGUCUUUGCGAGUACAAUCCCCCACGCUCAGCACCGACAAAUUAACUCCUAACAGAUCUGUUAAUGGAAGUCUUCCAAGGAGCGUGGAUACGUCUUCUACAGUGCAAUUUAACCCUGGGAAUGGGUCGCAGAACAAUUCUCUGCAACGCAAAAGGCAGGAUAGCAGCAACGCGUUGAACAACCUUGGGUUGCCGACCACUGAAGUGAGUCGGGUACCAAACGGUGGCAUCAUCCAAGGAAUUGACGUCCGCUACGCUGCUACAUACGGCAAUCCCCAUCUACGAUCAGGGGCUUUAGGCUUCACUGUAAACACAGCGAAGCCUGCAUCUACUCCUGCGCCACCACCUUAUUCGUCUGUGCGAAGUUCCGUGGUGAUGCCGUCAGGUACUUCAUCACAUUCGAUCACGUCACCGACUAGUUUAGCGUCUCCACAGUGCGCAACUAGCCCUAUAACGACUUCUACAAUGUCUACGGAUAGCACGCAACUGGCGAUUGGGGUAGCAACGUCAUCGGCGACACCCCAGUCGCCCAGCGCUCACUACAUACUAGCCCCAUCGAAUAGAACUAUUAGCAACGCUGUUACUGUUACCAAGAAAGUAUCUUUUUCAGGUAAUGGUCUACAAUCUCCACUAGCGACACACGUGUAAUAAAAGUGUUAAAAACAUUUACCAAAAUAUUUUAGAAAGUAGUGACAGUGAAUGAAUAAUGAGGAAAAAUUCUGGUUGUUAAUAUCUGAUCACCUGACACCAUACACAUUUGACUAUAAUCGUGGUCACUAGAUAAUAAAAUUAUGAAAAAGGACAUUAACUGUUGUUUUUGUUAAAAAAACUAGUGUCAAAAGGUUGGUUUAAAAAAUGUUACGAGAAUCAGUUUGAAAACUGUAUUCUUACUUCGUCAAUUUUCAAGGACACUAAAAGUGACUUUCAAAAGUGCGUGUGUUAAAUUUUUAAGAAUUAAAACAUUUUGUAAAAAGUCAAUUCCAAAUAUCCGACUGAGGUUCUUGUUGCUAUUUGUAAUUAUAUUUCAGAAUAGAUAUAGAUAUAUGUAACUAAUUAUAUAUAGUUUGAUGUAUCAAGCAAAAUUAGUUUAUCUUCAUUAUUUCUAAUAUGUUUAUUGUAACUGUUACAAAUGUAAGUGUCAUUAAAAUCAUGUUAUUCUGUAUUCUACAAGAAAAAUUACAUAGUUUCGAUUUGUUUUUCUUAGAUGACAGAAUUGACAACAUUUUUAUUCUCUUUGUAAAUACCUUUAAUUACAUAAUUUCAGACUUAUAACUUCUUAUGCAGUGGUUUUACAAUUUCACACGGAUAUCACUUUCUUUUCUGUGAAUUGUUUUUACAGUUAUUUUUCUUUGUCAAUUAAACAACUAAAAUCAUAUGCAAUUGGUGCGCCUAUCGCUAUGUUCCCAAAUAAUAAUUGUAAGGGCCACCCACUCCACACUAGCGUCUCCCGAGCGUCGGCGUCUAGUCAACUCUAUGGCUGCUGCUCGACGCAGUGUUGACGCAACUGCGCAGCGACGCUAUUUUCCAUAGCGCUGACUAGACUUCGACGCUAAAAGACGCUAUGUUAGCAAUAAAAGAUAUUGCGUAUUUAGGUUAUUAUACUGUAAAAUUGUAAAACUUUCUGUUUAAGUAUAAGCUGAGAUCAUUUUGUAAAUGCAUUGCCGUGGCUGGUUUUUACACCAUGUUUUUACAUUUGUAAGUGAGUGUGGCCUAUGUAUAAUAACUGCUAAAAGUUACAUUUUAUACUUACCAGCUUUCGAAUUUCCACCUAGUUAUAAACUUAAGCUUUAAUUUAUCUACGAAAAUGUGCCAUUUCCAUAUCUCAUACACAUAUCUUUAUAUUAAAUUAUUAGGGCAAAUUGAUCAGAAAUAAUAGCACAGUUCUUCCAUUUCGUUUUAUAGUGCAAUGUCAAUUAAAAGUGUUUUUCUUCAAAGUUUAAUAAAUUAUUUCAUAUAUUAUUUUAUAGUAAAAUAUUUCAUCGACAUAUAGUAUAUUUACCGCUUAUAAUGUGCUCAAUCUUUACAAAUGGAUUUUAUUUCAAAUUUUAAUCUAAGACUGAUUAGACUAACCUUCACAUUGCCUAUAUUCAUUUGUCGAAAAGUUCUGUAGGGGUUAAGUGGUCGAUUUUUUAUCCGCUGUCAUGUCAUCAUGCCUGUCACUUUCUAACAAGUAUGUAAGUGCAAAAGUGACGCAUGACAUGACAAAUGAUAAAAAUGUGACCAUGAUACCGCCGCUGUAUUAGUAAAUGCUGACAACAUUCUAUUUGGCCCAGAGAUAGUGUGGCUACAAACAGCUUACAUAUGGCAAUAAUGUGCAUACUUUAUGUAUCGUCAAAUAAUAUGUCAAUACUCGUACCGGUUAUGUUAACGGCUAAUUUCGAAACAUUGUUUUUGAGAAUCCUACGCCAUCCUUCGUAUUUUGAUUGAUGUUUUAUUGUAUUCAAAGUAUUUUUUUUUCAUGUCUGACAAUCUAUUUGUUUUUUUUUGUAAAUCUUUUUUUUAAUUUUUUAUAAUUGCGAUAUAUUUUCUUCUUGUAUACAUUGGUGACAUUUGAUGACUUUCAAUGUAUUUUUGCCAUUAUAAUAAAUUAGUACGGUCACCUACGAAUAGAUACGGAUGAUAAAGUGUCAAAAAUAUGUAAAAACCUUAAUAUACGCACAAUGAAGUCGUGUAUACAUAUUUUUGGGACUUUGUUCGUAUUGAUAUUUUCAGACGUGACUGUACCACUGAAAAUUCGCAACAUAUCAAAGGCCAAAUAAAAUCUUGUUAGGAUACAAGUACGAUAGUAAAAUCGCUGUAUUAGAGCUAUAAAUUAAACAAUUACUUGCCUCUUGAAUAAUUAAAUCAAUUACAUUAAUUGCUAAAUUCAAUACCUCUCGAUAAUUUCUUAAUGAUUUCAAUACCUAUUCAAACAUUCUGGGAGCCUAGAAUUAUUUCCCGUAUUGACGUCGCCAGUUAAGUAAUUCAGUGUUUCUAUUCAAUGUACCAUCCGGUUGUAUAAUGAAUCCACUCCAUUUACAACCUAAAUUCCAUACAAAACGAUCUAAAUAUGAAUCAGGGCUCGGAAACCGUUUUAUUUUUCAAACCGGUUUCGUUCAUUUACCCGGGAAUGAGAAGGAUUUCGUUUCCGUUUGCGGUUACUGGUUAAAAAACUGUUCUUUUGAGAUAACGGUUUGUGCCACGUUCUCAUUUCGUUCUUCAACGAAAUUAACCGGUUAAAUUGAAAAUAUCGAAGCAACUUAGAACUAGUAAGUAUUGCUAUGUAUUUCACGUAUGAUAACGAGUUCAACCGAGUCUCCGAGAGAUGAGAGUACCUGGUAUUAUAUCGUUCCCCGCGAACCAUAGAAUUCCGUUCCCCGUUUUACCGGUUGGAAGAUAGAACGAUUUUUAGGGUUCCGUAGCCAAAUGGCAAAAAACGGAACCCUUAUGGAUUCGUCAUGUCUGUCUGUCUGUCCAUCCGUAUGUCACAGCCACUUUUUUCCGAAACUAUAAGAACUAUACUUUUGAAACUUGGUAAGUAGAUGUAUUCUGUGAAUCGCAUUAUGAUUUUUACACAAAAAUAGAAAAAAAAACACUAACUUUCCCCAUACUUAACUCGAAUUCAAUUUUUUUUUCAUCAAUCCCAUACGUGUGGGGUAUCUAGGGAUAGGUCCCCAAAAAUGAUAUUGAGGUUUCUUAUACCGUUUUUUUUUCUAAACUGAAUAGUUUGCGCGAGAGACACUUCCAAAGUGGUAAAAUCUGUCCCCCCCCACCCCUGUAACUUCUAAAAUAACAGAAUGAUAAAACUAAAAAAAAAAAUUAUGAUGUGCAUUACCAUGCAAACUUCAUCCGAAAAUUGGUAUUGGCGAAUCCGACUCGCACUAGGCCGCUUUUUUUAGUUCGCGUUCCAUGAAUUAACCGGUUUUAGAUGAAAUAAAUAAUAUAACAGUUUUGGAACGAUAUUAACAGGUAUUUUAAUACCGGUUCCAAGCCCUGCUAUGAUUGAUCAGAUUGAACUUGGUAAAAAAAAUAAACAUUUCGUUAAACGAGGUAACAAUAUAUAUCAGAGAAAUAUUGAAGGCGGUAAAAAAUAACUUACUGACGAGUGUGAAUUGAAGCCCGAAGCCGAUGGCAAGCACUUAAUUAACACCAGUUCGUAAUAUUUGAAGUAUCACCCGUUGCACACAAUGUUUUUUUUUACACUUGUAAGGAAACGAAAAAAAAGAAAAUGAAUAAAACCACUGCCUAAUUUCGUUCGUAUAAUACAGCCCUAUGUCAAAAUUUAGGAUUUACGGAUCACCUACGUGUAAUAACACCUAUUACGAAUAAGCAAAGGCGAGCCGUGAAAAUUGUAAGUGAUCAAAAGUAAAACUGUUAAUUAAAAUAAUAGCAAACUUUUCGGCGACUACCCUCUAAAUUACAGAACAUUAUUCACUCCUAAUGACAAGAACUUUUCAAUGUCAAGUCUCGUUUAACCUUGAUUGUAUUGAUUACUUAUGAAAUACUACCUCGUACUGCCCACCAUACUCAGUGUAAGCCAUUGAAAUUUAAACCAUAUUAUUUGGAAAAUAGAGUUGAUUUUCCUUUGUUUCACGUUUUAAGUAUAAAAUAAGAAUUUUCACUGUAACCUCAACCUAUCAAACCCUUUUAUUCAUAAUUUGCUAAAACUGGAAUAUGUCCUUUAAAAAUCACACUGGGCAGGACGAGGAUAUUCGUGUUCCGUUUUGUUGUCCAAAUCGUAAAUAAUUAAUGUAUGUUGCUAUAAGUAUAAUUAAUAACGCAUAAUAAAUGGUGCCGUUGUAUUUUUUCACUGGAAUGUAAACUGUCGUGAGACAUAUUAAUAUUAUAAUAAUU